AUGUUCCGAUUCCAUAAAACUCUCGAUGUCGUUACUCUCUUCCACAAGGCAAGCUCUCCAGCUUCCUUGAGAGCUCAUACCAUUUUGAAGCAAGCAUCUGCCAAUGCCGCCGCAACUGCUACGGAAGAUCAAGCUAGUGAUCACUCUGCCCAAACCAAUUUUAAAAGACAAGAAUUUGAACUGGAAGUCACCGAAGCUGCCCCAACCCCAGAUCAACUAAGGAGCAUUCUCGAAUUUAUGGGUGUAUCAAAGGUCAGCAGUCUUAUUACAGGAGCAAAGAACGAAGUGGAUGCUUUCCGAUUGAUCAAAUCCAAUGAAGAUAGUUUCCAAAGACCUCUGACUGUGGAUUGGAGUAAUGGAAGAGCAGUAGCUGGGGAUAAUGAAUCUGAGAUAUUGAAGAUGCUCAAUGAACUUCCCAAAAACUAG